AUGUCACAUAGAACUGAGUUAACUUCUCAAGAUAAGGGGAAAAUACUUGCAUAUAUGGAGAAUUUUAACCCUGCACAAAUAGCAAGAAAAAUGGGUCGUGACCCCACCACAUUAAGAAGAAUCAUUGACAGAUACAAGAAGACAGGGAAAACUGAAAAUUUACCUAGAUCAGGGC